CCCUUCGAAGCUUAAAUGAAACUUGAAAUCUUUUCAGAAUAUGCAAAGCUAAUUUAUGUUAUUCUCUUUAUCGCAGCUUCGAGGUUUUCUAGGAGGUAUUCAGUUGGAGCUGUUUGGUUGGUGAUGGCUCCAAAGCAACCUAAUACUGGCCUUUUUGUGGGCUUAAACAAAGGACAUGUUGUUACCAAAAAGGAAUUGGCUCCCCGCCCUUCUGAUAGAAAGGGGAAAACCAGCAAGAGAGUCCACUUUGUGAAGAGCCUAAUUAGGGAGGUUGCCGGUUUUGCUCCUUAUGAGAAGAGGAUUACUGAACUUCUCAAGGUUGGAAAAGAUAAGCGUGCUUUGAAGGUGGCAAAGAGAAAGCUAGGCACUCAUAAGAGGGCCAAGAAGAAGCGUGAGGAGAUGUCCAGUGUUCUACGCAAGAUGAGGUCAGCUGGAGGUGCAGAGAAGAAGAAGUGAGUUGGAUUAUGGUCGUCCUUCAUAGACAGUUCAACUUUUUGAUGUGUCAAUUUUUCUUCCGUGUCAUGUUUUGAGAGUUUUGACUUGCUUAUAGAGCUCAAAAUUUUGUAGUAUUGCCUCCAAAUUUUGAGAAUUGUUGUGUUACAGUUGGUUAAAAUUGGUUCUAUAUCAAUUUCUUUGAAUUUUUUAAUCUGCAAUUGGUUCACUUGAUCA